CAGACAGAAGCAAGUGGACCCGGGUUGAAGCUAAGCUAAUUCAGUCAAUUUACAGUCACUUAAUUUAUAUUUUUACACCAGUUACGGUUGCAGCACAUGCUCGUAUCUGUUGUCGAAAAAUUAGAGCUACGUGUGGAUAUUUUUGCGGUGAGGCUAAAAGUCAAAACCGCGCUUUUAUUCAGGUAAAACCACUUCAGUCCUGCUAGCUUAUUUAGCAGCAGGGUUAGGCGCCUUUACUCCGUCUUGACAACAGCGCGAAUUGGUCACGUUUCCCGGCGGUGUUGUUGUUUGUACCGAGCUGGUUUCCGUUAGCUGGAAGCGGUAGAAGUAAAAAUUCAAGAGUAUUGUUUUUUUUAAAAAGAAGAAGAAGAAAAAGUUUAGUUAAGCAAUGGCUGAAUUUCUCGAAGAUCCGUCGGUGCUCACGAAAGAUAAGCUGAAGAAUGAGCUGACGGCCAACAAUGUGCAGCUUCCGAGCGGAGAGCAUAAAAAAGAAGUUUAUGUGCAGCUGUAUCUGAAAAACUUAACCGUGCUCAACAACAAGAACAGUCCGCCUACAGACACCUUCUCCAGCGAUGAAGAGUUACCUGCUCCCGUCGUUUCCAACAAAAGCAGAUCUGGAAGAAAAGCUACCAAAAAGACAGACAAGCCUCGCACAGUAGUGGAGGUGACAGAUCUCACUGAUGAAGAUUUAAAACAACAGCUGGCAAAGCAUGGUGUGGACUCAGGACCCAUUGUGGCCUCUACUCGAAAAGUGUAUGAGAAGAAGCUGCAGAAGCUUUUGGACCAGCCUGCCGCUGAACCUGAGGCUCCUACAGAUGUCUCAACUCUCCCCAAAGCAGACAGCAACCAGAACGGCAACACAAACUCUGAUCAGUACAGUGACAAGGAGGAUGAGGAGAUCGCUGCACCUGAACCAGAGCCAGUUCCUGUGGUAGAGAAGCCCGUGCGCAGCAGAGGAAAAAUUCCGGUCACUACACGGACCAGCAGCAGACGACAAACCAAGGUGGUGGAGGAAACCGUUGUUGAAGAGACCCCGAAGAAGGCCAGUGAGAGCGUUGUUGAAGAUAUUCUUGCCAAUGAAAUAAGCACACCGACGGGCAUCAGUGCGACCUGCAGACGUCCAAUCCGAGGGGCGGCUGGUCGACCUGUGAAACAGAGCGAAUACUGGCUGAAUGAGUCCCCCUCGCAGCACAGCAUCCACACCGAGAGCCGCACCUUCUCCGAGUCUUUGUCCAGAGGCGGCAGCGCAGUCCCUCUGAGCAAACCGCCAGCCCAACGAGGCUUCAUGUCUCUGUUGCUCAAGCUCCUGCUUCUCGUCGUGGUGUGCGGCUCGCUCUACUACGCGUACCAGAACCUGGACGCAGAGCAGAUUGACACCCUUAAAGGCCUCCUAGACAGCGUCGUCAUCCCUCUUCAGGGCGUUGUAGACAACGCAGCGACCUACCUGGGCAUAAGCAGCAGUGCUCCAAAAGGCGCCGGCAAGUAAAGACGAUCAGCAGUCCUUCGCCAUGCCAACGCCACCUCCCUGCCGCCACAGCACACCACAACUCAAGCAGUAAACUUCUUUUUGGACAAAGGACACAGAUUUAAUUGAGAACGAUAAACUUUUCUCCUCUCCAGGUUUCAGCGUUCCUCCUGCCACAAGGGGCAGUAUUCUCCAACAGUAGCUUCUGGAUAACACUGUUUUGUGGCAGUCAGAAGAGACUUAUUUUAAUGUCAAUUUUAAUCUGUGACCUGUUUGUGUCUUUGUGUGUAUUUAACCCUUCUAUGUAGAAACCAGUGCAGAACGGAGAGGCCAAUUUGUCCAUGCAUGGUUGUAGUUUGUUGAAGGUCAUACUGUAGUUUCUAACACCGUGUGCGAGGUGUUUUUCUGAUGGUGAAGUGCCCGGACACUGUUAGUAAUUAGUGCCCUCCCAUUUUAAAGCACAAAGCAGCACUACUAUUAAUACCAGAAUGUCUACAAUGUUUUUCUUGUAUCAGUUUCACAAUUUGCUCCGUAGCUAUAGAGGUUAGGUAGAGUGAUUUGUAAUUUCUAUGGUGCUCAGGUCGAAUCAGCUCCAACGUUUUUUAAUGUGGUCUGUGCUGGGAGGAGACACGUGGUGUAAUCAGGUCACAUCACUGCAUGAAGAAAAAUCAGCCCACAUUCACGUUCAGGUUCAAAAGAGACAAAACUUUUAAUUUAGUGGCUGAUUGCUGCUUGAUUAUUAUGGCUAAAAAUUGAUGAUUCUGGUCACUCGUGCUCUGUAUUGUAAUCAUGAUUUUUACUGUCUAUGGAUUGAUGACAUUUUUACUGUGCUUUUGCCAUCUUGUAUCGACAUCUUGUUUAUUUACAGACAGAGAAAAAUUUAAAAUGAAAUGGCUUGUUUUUAGUAUUGAUCUACCAUUUAUUUGACAAGUACUCCUUGAGGAAACUGAAAUUGCAGGUAUGAUCAUAGAUUAUUGAUUUUUCCAGCUCUGCAGGUGUGUCCAUUUGAGUUUACAUUCUUUUGGAUUUUAGUGCUCUAUUGUGCUUCUUUUUUGUUUGUUUGUUUUAUGUUUUUAUUAGAUUUCUGAUCCUUCAGUCCUCUGUGCAGGACUGGCUUUUGCAGUGCGCCCACAUAGCCCACCACAUUGACUGAUCUGCAAAGAAGACACAUGGAGAAAGAAAAUCCUUAUGGGACAGUUAAUCCAUUUGAGCUACUCUCCUCAGAACUUGACUACUUCUGCCUGUGCAAAUUACCACAUUUAAGACUGAUGGUUACUGUGAAAGGGGGUCGUUGACCCACUGGGAGCGACAAAAGCUUUCACUGGUGGUGAUGUUGGGGGUGGGAAAAUUUCUUUGUUUCAAUUUUGAUAUUUUUCUAAAGUGAUGUGUUUAACUUUUUAUAGCAAAUUUAAAGGUAACAUUUGAAAGCAAUAUGUGAUACUGUAUCUAAUUCUGAAUCUUAUUGACUUAACAUAAGUGAUUCAUCAUCAGGCAGCUCUCCCACUAUGGACAGAAACAAUAAGGGUUAUGUGGGUAAGGAUUCUUAAUCUGUUUAUUUAUGAUAAUGUAGGCAGUGUAUCAUAAAAUAA